UUUUGAGGCAGAUCUGGAGCAGACAGUAUAAAAACCCAACCUCUAAACUGGGGCACCAGCUCCAGCUAUGAUCCAGGGACCCCAGCACCCAGAGGAUGGAGGAACACGGAGGAGCCUCUCUCCUCAGCGAUGACUAGAAACACUCAAAAACUUCAUCUCCUUGUGUUGGACUCCGUUGAAAUAUUUUUUUUAAUUCUCACUAAUGGAAAAAGGCCCAGAGUAUAAAAUGGGACAUAGUCUGGAGUUAAUGGUUCUUUUUGUUUUGAUGACACCAGUUCCUCUUGCUGCCCUGAACACUGAGGAGUUUACCAAGGCUGUGGCAUAUUUAAGGAGUUAUGGAUAUCUGCACAUCCCUCUGGACAGUAAAGGCCCAACCCCUCCACCUGCGGCAAUAUCUGAAGCAGCAAGAAUCUUUCAGAAAGUGACAAACCUGCGAAUAUCCGGAACCUUAGAUUCAGCCACACUGUUGAUGAUGAACAAGCCUCGAUGUGGUCUGCAGGACUCGUUCAAUAACAAGUCCCUCAGAUACAGAACCAUGGGUUACUGGCGUAAGAAGAUGUUGACCUACCGCAUCUUUAACUACACCCCCCACUUGGGUCAGGGAAGGACCCGGUCGGCCAUCUUCAACGCCUUCAAGUACUGGAGUGACGUGUCGCCGCUGCGGUUCAAGGAGAUGCAACAGGGAAGAGCAGACAUCAAAUUCUCCUUUCACAGAAAAGACAAAUCGUGUCCAGUUCCCUUCGAUGGACGAGGCCACGUUUUAGCCCACGCUGACGCUCCCCAGUCGGGCAUCGUCCACUUUGACGAAGACGAGCUGUGGACCGAAGGGCGGAGCUACGGCUCCAACCUGAUGAUCGUCGCGGUUCACGAGAUCGGCCACGCUCUCGGCCUGGGCCACUCACAACACUCCAGUGCAGCCAUGGGACCUGUGUACAACGGGUACCGCUCGGACUUCAAGCUGCAUCCAGACGAUGUUCGAGGGAUCCAAGCCUUAUAUGGUGAUAUCAGAAUACCUGUCGUAACCCUCUUAGGAAAAGCCGUGACUCUUCCUCCGCCCAGAAAACCAAGUCAGCCGGCACCAGGGGGCGUUGCAGAUCCUUGCAAAGCCACAUUGGAUGCGAUCAUGUUGGGUCCUUCACAUAAGACGUAUGCUUUCAGUGGUCAGUACAUGUGGACAGUGUCCAGCUCGGGCCCCAGUUCUCCAAUGCUGAUCUCAGCGCUGUGGAAGGAGCUUCCCGGGAGCCUCGAUGCAGCUGUUCACUCUCAGCGGACCGGAAAGUCCUAUUUUCUGAAAGACGACAAGGUGUGGAGAUACACGGGAUUCAAACUCGACCACGGUUACCCCAGACGCUUGGUCAAUGUCCCAGCAAAGGUUGACUCGGCCUUGUACUUCAAAAAGAACAAGAAACUGAUAUUUUUCAAAGGAUCUGGAUACUGGCUGUGGGAUGAAAUAGGUCCGACAGACUUCAGGUCAUAUCCCAAACCCAUCAGCCACCUCUUCCACGGAGCGCCCAGCAGCACCGACGCUGCGCUCACGUGGACAAACGGACAUAUUUACUUAUUUAAAGGCUCUGAGUACUGGCGUGUGAACCAGAAGCACCAAACCGUGGAGAAGGACUAUCCUCAGGACAUCGCCUCACACUGGAUGCAGUGUGACGACUGAGCCACUAGAGGCCACCGAGGAGUCAACACACAACAGUGUCAAAACAACUUCUUUAUUUUGAGGCUGACAAACACUUUGGAGAUGUUCCUCACACUCUGAUAAUCUCUUGUGUGAAGGAUGAGUUAUUAUGAUAAUUGUUAUUGAUUUAAGGACAAUUCAUGAAGAAAUAUUUGCAUAAUGUGAUGUUUUGAUUUUCCGUGGAAACAAGACAUGAAUUUGUGAAAAGUAUCUAUUAACACACAUGAAAUGAAUAAAGACAAAUUAAGACUUUGCGUUGUGUGAUUCAUUAAGAUGUUGUUAUCUACUGACAAAUGUUUCAUAUUAUGGGACCAGUUAGGGAAA